AUGUCAUCCAUAUCAAAUAAUAAACAUAAAGAAGAAUAUAAAGUUUACUAUCCUGCUUUUGACAUGACCAAUGAGCAGAUUGUCAAUUUAAUAACUCCUGCUUUGGUGUUGAAAACACUCAGAUUUAUAAAAUCCAUAGGUGAUGUCGAUAACAUAUAUUCAUAUGUCUACCGAUACAUUAUGGAUUACACAAAUUCACCUGAAAUAAAUGAAUCCGAAAUUACUGAUACAUCUUUAUUAUUUUAUCCGCAUCAAAUCGAUAAUUGCAAUUACAACAUUUAUUACCAGCGACACAACAUCACAAGCGUUGAUCUAUCAAUAGGAAACUACCUUAAAGAAUUUUUUAUUGAUUUCAAAAAUACUCACAACAUAUUUUCUAAUACAUGGAGAGCUUUUAUGGGAGCAUAUCAGAAGAUAUUCGAUACUCUUUACAUAAAUAAAUCAAAGUAUAACAUUAUUGAUACUUCACAAAAUAAUGAAUCAAAUGAAUGGUUUUCAGAUGAAAAUAAGAGGUUUGUAGCAAUAUUUGGACCAAAGAUAGAUAAAAAAUAUAUUGAAAAAAUGGGUAAAUUCGUUCCUUUUGCAUUUUUAGUUUUUCAUCGAUAUUUUUACGUAAUUGUUAAGAACAACGAAGGUAAAUAUGAGACACAUGGCAUAACGAAACGUACAUUUGAACUCAAAGAUGUAUCUAAUCUCAAUUAUAUUUUUGGAAUUAUUUAUUUGAACGAAACAGAAGCGAUUUCACAAUUGCAUGCUGGAGAAAGACUUGUAGAAGUUACAGAUAAAGACAAUAAAGUGGAUAAAAUAACAAUACAACAGCUAUUUUCAAUGCCAGGAAUAAUUUUAUUCGACAACACUAAUAUAUACAACUUUGUUCAGCAUUCAACGGUUAACGAAAUGCUAGACAAGUAUUUAUACCUACCUUUGGAGCCUAAAAUUCCAAAACCUUCCAUACAAUAUGAGAAUUAUCAACCGUUUCUAGUUUACAAACAAACAAACAACGGUUUACCAAUAGAAUUCAAAAGGAACCUCAUUACAUGUGUUCCAAAAGAUAAUUUGAACGGUUCUAGUAUUGUCAAUGAAAUUUCUGAGAAAAAUCCUUUGUGCAUUGUCAAGGAUCAUCAUAUAAUAGAUUGUUUUACAAGUGACAAACCUUUACCGUCAGAUUUGGGAACUUUUGUUUCAUAUAAAGUUAUUGAAACAAAAAGUUCGAAUCAAAAAUCUACUAAAAAGAUUUUUUGGGUUCAGUUCAGAUAUAAAAAUGAAUUCAUCCACUGCCCGUUCUUGUUUUUGGCUAGUUUAGAAGAUUUUGAAAAAGAUAAGGAUAAAACCACUCUUAAAGAAGGAUUUCCACAAGAAUUCAAAGAUAAUAUGGACAGAGUGAAGAGAGUCUUUGGUUUCAAAGCAAAAGUCAUUGAAGGUGGAAAAUAUGUUUUGAGGGUUCAACUUUUGACCGAAAACCCUCUUAAGGCACAAAAAUUUAAGGGACUUGACGAUUUUAUUCUUAUAUAUUGUUUGGAUUGCUAA